AUGAGUGCGACAUUUGUUGCAUCAUCAAACCAGAUGUUUUCGGCUUUUGGUCAACCAACGCGGAGUCCUUCUCCAGCGUUCAAUCCUUUCGCGACCAAGUCCGAGGACAAAGGAAGCGCAUUCGGUGUUGACGGCGCGAGCGAUUCUUCCAAGACGAAGCGAAAUAAGCGAACAUCGGCCUUUGGUGACCAUAGUGAUAGCGAAGCGAAGAGAAAGGCCAAGGCCGGGUUCAAGGGCAAAGAUGCCAACCUGAGCGACGGAGGCGGUAGGCCCAAGGGCCGUAAAGGUGACGACAAGAAGAACAAUGAUUCAAAGAAGAACCCCUUCGGUGCUUUUCCUUCUACCAAAAAACCUGCAGGUCAAAACGCGCGCAAUAAUGGCUCUAACCCAUUCGCGACGACGCGUGAUGAAUCGCGACCAACUUCGUCAUCGAGCGCCGACGCCCAGGAUGAUCACGUCCCCGAAGCCCACAAUUCCAAUGACCCUCAUGCCAAAAGAGUAUACGAGCAGUUGCGGAAGGAUGGUAUUCACCCGCCUCAAUGGCCUUCUCAGCCUGGGAAUCCUAAGAACAAGGGCGAGGUCACGAAAUUCCGCGAGAAAUACGAAACCUACCGCAGCAAGGCACGCGCCUCACUAACAAAGGCUGGCCUAAUCGACGACCCGGAAAAGCGAAAGACACUUCAGGAUGCGAUCGACUUCAAGGGUAUCUGCGAAGAUAUGUGUCCUGAAUACGAAAAGAUCACCCGAAUCAACGAGAUGGAUGUUCACCAGCCCGAGAAGAAUCCCAAAACAACGUUUGCCAACACAAGUCGCAUGAUCAAGAAGCUCGCUCGUUCUGCUGCUGGUCAGGAGGCGCCUCUUCCUAUGGAUGUUCGAUCGAUCCCGGCUCUCAAAAGGACAUUGGAUUAUCUUAUUGAUGAUCUAUUACGUGAAGAUGGGAGACUGCCAGGCUUACACGGCUUCCUUUGGGACAGAACACGAGCGAUCCGCCGAGACUUUACCUUCUUCUCGUCCCUUACGCCGGACGAAAUGAAACUGCAAGUCUACGUCUUAGAGAAUAUUGCUAGGUUCCAUGUCACAGCACUGCAUCUGCUCACCCAAGAGGGCAAAGCACCCGAAGACUUCGUGGAACAACAGGAAUUGGAACAGCUAGGAAAGGCUCUAUUAUCUCUCCGCGACGCCUACGAUGACUGUAAUGACCAAGGCAUCCGCUGCGAAAACGAGCCCGAGUUUCGAGCAUACUAUCUUAUAUUCCACGCAUACGACUCCAAUAUUAUCGAAACUCUUCAACGCCAAUGGAAGCCAAAUCUCUGGAGGGACUCUGAUGAGGUUCGCACAGCCGUUUCGCUGGUUGAGGCUCUUCAGAACACACAAGACUUCCAUGGACCCCUCAAGGACGCACCAUCAUUAGCUGCAUCAUCAGCAUACCAGUCAUAUUUUCGAAUAGUGGAGGACUCCAAAGUAUCUUAUACGAUGGCCUGCUUCGCCGAAUGCCAUUUCCCCAGACUCCGCCGUUGCAUUUUGUCUGCUAUCAAACGGGGUCUUGCUCGGCCUCGAGAGACUUCAAAGGACGUGACGGCUGCUGAGCUGAACAAAUUCCUUCGGUUCGAUACUGUUGAGCAGGCGAUUGAGUUUGCAGAACUUCACAAUAUCGAAUUCGGCGAAUGCGAAGAGAAUCCGUUUGACGUAAGCCUCCAAUACGCAAAACUGGACAAUCGAGCUGCCUUACCUCACCUUCGACUGCAACAUCAAUUCUCUCAUAGUUUAGUUGAAAAGAAGCGUGGUUUCAAAACCCUUCCUCAGCUUAUUCACGAGACUAUAUAUGAAGACACGACUUGCACCAAACCUAAAACGAACGGAUCUGUUGGAGCAAGUGCUUUCGCUCCAAGCAUUCAAGCUACCAACAAACCUGCGAUCCCUACGGGACCCAAGUCGACAACACCGAGUCCCUUUUCGUCGCCCAGCGUGUCUGGUGGAUCUUGGGGAAACAACAAGGCUGUUAACGGCAUCUCAGGGACUACAUUCAACGGAAUCACGCCCGCCAACGGCUUUGCUGUGCAACAACCAACACCACAGCCAAAUACUUUUUCUUCGGGCCUGACUCCUGCAGCCAAACAGCCUGCUGGCAACCCAUUUGCGCCAGCCACUUCUGCAUCUACGCCGUCACUGCCCGGCAACGCCCCUGCUAAAACAGAUACUGUCUCUCAGAUGACACAGGCUUCUGGAACAACACAUCCGUUAAACCCGUUCGCCUCUUCAUUCAAACCGCCAACCACCACAGAUACGUCAGCAACGCGUAGCCCAUUUGGUCAGCCUUUCGCCUCAGUAAAUAAAGAGAACGGACCGGCGGCAAAACCGACGUUUUCCUUCCCAUCGAUCAAGCCUGCAAUCCCUGCGGCUGAAACCACUUCGAGUAAGGAAGAAUCGACAGACAAAUCAGAGAAUCAAGCUAUCACAGCAGAAUCGGCAAAGCCACCUGCCAUCAACUUCAUCCCUCCUACCCCUCAACUAUCUUCAUUUCCCUCUAAUACCACGACACAACCACAAAAUCCAUUUACAUCAAGCACCAGUAACAGUGCACCACAAUCAACGCCCACAACAGGGCUUGGUCUGGACAGACCUGCGCCAAAGAACGAAGAGACGCCUAAGCCAACAACGAGCAUUCUCAGCUCACAGCCGCCUGCUGCGUCAACGCCUCAAUUCUCAUCCCCAUCCAUUGGAACACCAGCUUUCCCAACCCCUGCUAAAAGUAACGAUGUAUCUCAGCCUUCAACGACUCUGGCAGCCGCUCACCCACCCAAAGAGCCAAGCCCUCCCCUGGCACUGCCAACACCACCACGCGAUCUCCUUGGUGAUUUCACUAAAUGGUUUGUAGUGGGUGAUAACGGACUCAUGGACGAGUUUCAAGCAUUCAUGUUAGACAACAUUCUCCAAGGUGUAUAUCGAAAGUAUGUUCGAGACGAAGAAGCAAAGAGAAAGAAAGAGGAGGAAGCUCAAGCCUUGGCAAAGGCAGAGCAAUUCCGCAUCUAUAACCUAUCAGUCAAGUACUUCUACCGUUGGAAAGAGAUUGCACGCGAUCUCCGCUUGAGUCGGCUCCGACGCAGUGGUCGAGAACAAAUGAGAAUCUACUACGAAGAACAACGUGCAGCGCACGCAAAGGCUCAGAAAGACGCCGCUCGUCGAGCAGCCCGUGAAAAGGCCGAGAUCGCGGAAUUGAACCGACCAGAAGAGUUGAAGGACUUCCUCAAGCACAAAAAGCCCAGCAAGCGUCGUCAAGCAGAAGAAGAGAGUGCACUACUCGCUUCUGGUGUUUUAUCCGGAAUCGACAACGAGCAAGAAGCUAUCACCAGGAUUGUGCGUAGAGCGCCAUCUGUUGCUAGCUCUGUCUCGAGCAAGCAGUCCAGCACAUCAAGAGGUGGCUCCAAAACCAGGGCCCUUCGGCAACAGUACGGUGGCGACCAACAGGCCACCUUCAGGCGCUCACUGCCUCCGAUGGCAUCAAGAAAUACCUCAAGCCCUGAGCCUGGCAAUCGUGUCAGUAGGGUCUCCGAACGCUGGCGUCUCAAAGCUAUGGGUAUUGUUCAAUUGCCUGAUGGCACGGCCGUGCCUGAGUCAAUAGCAAACGAGAUGCACCACGACAAAAAGAGGCUCGGAGGUAGUAUAAUGGGCCCGCCCAGUAGCUAUCCAAUCCGCCGAGCUUCCGGAGGCGAUUUCGCACGCUCGGAAACAAGACAACGCAUUUCCAACUCACAAGAUACUAUCGACACCAGCGAAUCCGACAGUGGCACCACCAAAAACAAGAGAAAGCGUGCAGCCGAGGACGAUGAAGCUGUUCAAGAGCGCCAAGCCAAAUCCAGCUCGCAUAAACGGGUCAUGAGCGAUGCGCAAAAUCUUAUUAACGAACUCCGCGCUAUGAGAGAGGAGAUGGAAGAAGGCGCGACAUGGUUCAAGGAUCAGAACGACAGGCUACAAAGCGAGUUGAUUAGUAGAAGCUCGACACCCUGGGAGCAAGAUGCAUGA